AUUUACAGAGUAAAUUUGUGGCCAAAGAAAAUGAAGUACAGAGUCUGCAUAGUAAGCUUACAGAUACCUUGGUAUCAAAACAACAGUUGGAGCAAAGACUAAUGCAGUUAAUGGAAUCGGAGCAAAAAAGAAUAAACAAAGAAGAGUCUCUACAAAUGCAAGUUCAGGAUAUUUUGGAGCAGAAUGAGGCAUUGAAAGCUCAAAUUCAACAAUUCCAUUCCCAGAUAGCAGCCCAGACCUCCGCUUCAGUUCUAGCAGAAGAAUUACAUAAAGUAAUUGCAGAAAAGGAUAAGCAGAUAAAACAGACUGAAGAUUCUUUAGCAAAUGAACACGAUCAUUUAACAAGUAAAGAGGAGGAACUUAAGGAUAUACAGAAUAUGAAUUUCUUAUUAAAAGCUGAAGUGCAAAAAUUACAGGCCCUGGCAAAUGAACAGGCUGCUGCUGCCCAUGAAGUAGAGAAGAUGCAAAAAAGCAUUCAUGUUAAGGAUGAUAAAAUAAGAUUGCUUGAAGAGCAGCUACAAUGUGAAAUUUCAAGGAAAAUGGAAGAAUUUAAGAUUCUAAAUGACCAAAAUAAAGCAUUAAAAUUAGAAGUUCAGAAGCUACAGACUGUUGUUUCUGAACAGGUAAGGCUUUUCAUGAAUUACGAGGUAGAAAUAUCCAGUAUAUAACAUCUGGUUCUUCUUAAUUAGUAACCAAUUCACUAGUUGAGAAAUUUUGCUUAAGCUUAAAUGUCCCUUAAUUGCAUUUCUGUUUAUCUUGUGCUUAUCAAAUAUCUAAGGAAAAUACAGUUUUUCUUCCCUGAAAUGAAGCUAAUGCUAAUCUGUUCAUAGGCACUCCCUCCCCCCUUAUCC